UGAACCGGUUACAACCGGUUACUAGUUUUGCCAGAGAAGCUUUCGAGGUUGUUAGUAGAACACGGUCUGCUACAAAAACGCUCUCGAAAAAUGAAUCGGAAGAGAUAAAAAAUCUUUCUGAAAAAAAGUAAAUUGAGCAUUGGGCAUGGCGGUUGUUUUCAUUUUUGUUAAAUUAUCAUUAUUAACUCGCACAGUUUAACAAAAUUGCAAAGGAGAGGAGUGAGUGUUCCAAAUUAUGGCCGAUUAGCUCCAGUACUGUUUUGGGUUCUUUUUCGCUUUUUGAGUUUGGACCAAAAGGAGCAAAAAAAGGAAGAGGCAACCUUGAGUGUGUGCUUGUAUUUUUUUUUAAAUUCCCGCCAUUUGAUUUUUUUUCUUGCCCCCUUCCCUCCUCCACCCGCCCCCCCCCCCUUCUCCCGUUUAACCGAACUACUGUGUAUUGGGUAAGAUUUUUAAAAGGUUGCUGAGUCGGUGUGUGGUGGAAGCUCGUACAUUUAGACUGAAGGAGACUAGCAGUUUAACCAAAACAAAAACAUUUUGGUUUACACGUUUUCCUGAAGAUGUUGACUCGUACUGGGGGUACUGUUCCACAGCGCUGGGCAUCCUCUGGUAUCUUGCCCAAGUGGCUACUGUUCAGUGCCAACCUAGACAGAAUUACAGCAAGUUUUUUCUUGCAGUAAUCUAUGCCAGCCAUAAUGACAAUUUUAGCAGACCAUGCAGCACGCCAGCUGCUGGACUUCACUCAAAAGCUUGAUAUAAACCUUCUGGAUAAUGUGGUGAACUGCUUGUACCAUGGAGAAGGUGCACAGCAAAGAAUGGCACAGGAGGUCUUAACCCAUUUAAAGGAGCACCCUGAUGCAUGGACAAGAGUUGACACAAUUCUGGAGUUUUCACAAAAUAUGAACACCAAAUACUAUGCGCUGCAAAUCUUGGAAAAUGUAAUAAAAACCAGGUGGAAGAUUCUCCCCAGAAAUCAGUGUGAAGGAAUUAAAAAAUAUGUUGUUGGAUUGAUUAUUAAAACUUCAUCUGAUCCUGUUAACAUUGAGAAGGAGAAGGUUUACAUUGGAAAACUAAACAUGAUUUUGGUUCAGAUACUCAAACAGGAAUGGCCAAAACACUGGCCCACAUUCAUCAGUGACAUUGUAGGUGCAAGUAGAACUAGUGAGAGCUUGUGUCAGAACAACAUGAUUAUUCUUAAAUUGCUGAGUGAGGAGGUGUUUGAUUUCUCCAGUGGGCAGAUGACUCAAGUUAAAGCAAAACAUCUGAAGGACAGCAUGUGCAAUGAAUUCUCUCAGAUAUUCCAGCUGUGCCAGUUUGUCAUGGAAAACUCUCAAAAUGCACCUCUUGUUCAAGCAACCUUGGAAACAUUGCUGAGAUUCUUGAACUGGAUUCCACUUGGAUAUAUCUUUGAAACUAAAUUAAUUAGUACACUGAUCUAUAAGUUUCUGAAUGUGCCCAUGUUCAGAAAUGUAACUCUGAAGUGCCUGACAGAGAUAGCUGGAGUGAGCGUCAGCCAGUAUGAAGAACAGUUUGUUACUCUCUUUACAUUAACAAUGAUACAACUGAAACAGAUGCUUCCUUUGAACACCAACAUUCGAGUGGCUUAUGCCAAUGGAAAGGACGAUGAACAGAAUUUCAUCCAGAACUUGAGCUUAUUUCUUUGUACGUUUUUGAAAGAACAUGGGCAGCUUAUUGAAAAACGAUUGAAUCUGAGAGAAACUCUUAUGGAGGCUCUACAUUACAUGUUGCUUGUGUCCGAAGUGGAAGAAACUGAAAUAUUCAAAAUUUGCCUUGAAUAUUGGAACCAUUUAGCUUCUGAGCUCUACAGGGAAAGUCCAUUCUCAACACCUGCAUCGCCUGUGCUUUCUGGAAGUCAGCAUUUUGAUGUUCCUCCGAGAAGACAACUUUAUUUGCCAGUGUUGUCUAAAGUUCGCCUCUUAAUGGUCAGUCGUAUGGCCAAACCAGAAGAGGUACUUGUGGUGGAAAAUGACCAAGGCGAGGUUGUGCGAGAAUUCAUGAAGGAUACAGACUCCAUCAACUUAUAUAAAAAUAUGAGAGAAACACUUGUGUACCUUACUCAUUUAGACUAUGCAGAUACAGAACGCAUUAUGACUGACAAACUUCACAACCAAGUGAAUGGUACUGAAUGGUCAUGGAAGAAUCUAAACACCCUCUGUUGGGCUAUUGGCUCAAUUAGUGGUGCUAUGCAUGAGGAAGAUGAGAAGAGAUUUCUGGUGACUGUGAUAAAAGAUCUUUUAGGACUGUGCGAACAGAAAAGGGGUAAAGACAACAAAGCCAUUAUUGCUUCAAAUAUCAUGUAUAUUGUGGGUCAGUACCCACGUUUCUUGAGAGCUCACUGGAAGUUUUUAAAGACUGUGGUUAACAAACUGUUUGAAUUUAUGCAUGAAACCCAUGAUGGAGUUCAAGACAUGGCUUGUGAUACUUUUAUUAAAAUUGCACAAAAAUGUCGUCGACACUUUGUUCAGGUCCAAGUUGGUGAAGUAAUGCCAUUCAUUGAUGAGAUCCUGAAUAAUAUUAAUACUAUAAUUUGUGAUCUUCAGCCACAGCAGGUUCACACAUUUUAUGAAGCGGUCGGUUAUAUGAUAGGUGCUCAGACUGACCAGGCAGUACAAGAACAUUUAAUAGAAAAAUAUAUGAUGCUGCCAAAUCAAGUCUGGGACAGUAUAAUCCAGCAGGCGACUAAAAAUGUUGACAUUCUUAAGGAUCCUGAAACUGUAAAGCAGCUUGGCAGUAUUCUGAAAACUAAUGUUCGAGCCUGCAAAGCAGUUGGUCACCCAUUUGUCAUCCAGCUUGGUCGAAUAUAUCUGGAUAUGUUGAAUGUAUACAAGUGCCUCAGUGAAAAUAUUUCAGCAGCAAUUCAAACAAAUGGUGAUGUGGUUACAAAACAACCUCUGAUCAGAAGUAUGCGAACAGUAAAAAGGGAGACCCUGAAGCUUAUUUCUGGUUGGGUGAGCAGAUCCAAUGAUCCGCAGAUGGUAGGUGAAAAUUUUGUUCCUCCAUUGCUGGAUGCAGUGCUUAUUGACUACCAGAGGAAUGUACCAGCAGCUAGAGAACCAGAAGUACUUAGCACCAUGGCAACCAUCGUGAAUAAACUGGGCGGACAUAUCACUUCUGAAAUUCCUCAGAUAUUUGAUGCUGUCUUCGAAUGCACUUUAAAUAUGAUUAACAAGGACUUCGAGGAAUACCCUGAACAUAGAACAAAUUUCUUCUUGCUUUUACAAGCUGUAAAUUCGCACUGUUUUCCAGCAUUCCUAGCCAUUCCUCCAGCACAAUUUAAGCUAGUUUUAGAUUCCAUAAUAUGGGCUUUUAAACACACCAUGAGAAAUGUUGCUGAUACAGGUCUACAGAUUCUCUAUACACUGCUGCAAAAUGUUGCCCAGGAAGAGGCGGCUGCACAAAGUUUCUAUCAAACAUACUUUUGUGAUAUUCUUCAGCACAUAUUUUCGGUUGUCACAGAUACAUCUCACACUGCUGGUUUGACAAUGCAUGCAUCAAUACUUGCAUACAUGUUUAACCUGGUGGAGGAAGGAAAAAUAUCAGUGCCCCUUAACCCAACAAAUCCUGUCACUAAUCAUGUAUUCAUUCAGGAUUAUGUGGCCAAUCUAUUGAAGUCUGCUUUUCCACAUCUACAAGAGGCACAAGUGAAAUUAUUUGUAACGGGGCUUUUCAGUUUAAAUCAGGACAUUGCAGCUUUUAAAGAGCAUCUGAGAGAUUUUCUUGUACAAAUCAAGGAGUUUGCUGGAGAGGAUAGUGCUGAUUUGUUCUUGGAAGAAAGAGAGGCUGCAUUACGGCAGGCCCAAGAGGAAAAGCAUAAAAUUCAGAUGUCUGUUCCUGGUAUUCUUAACCCACACGAAAUUCCCGAGGAAAUGGUUGAUUGAGAAAUAUGGAGUAAACCAAGUUGUGCUAUUUCUUCUGUUCAGCCACUAUUAAUGUAGCUUUGCAGAAUGUAAUCGCACAUCUGUGUUGACCAAAAACAAUGCCAAUAUGUGUAUAUUAAAUCCUUUGUCACCUGGUAGCUCUUUUUACUUAGUAUGCAAUUUCUAUGGCAGUUUUCAUGUGUAAUACCUUUUUUCCAUUGUUAUAAAUUAAAAGUUUUGUCAUCUUUGUUUAGAUUUGCAUGCAGUUGUAUGAAUUAAAUCACUUUUUAAAGAUCACUUGUGCCCCAUUUUAUGGUUUUGGGAGGGGGGGAAACAGAGGAGAGCUGAAAAGUGGACUUUGCUUGUGCCUCUGCUUGCAAAGUGUACAACAGAUAUAGGAAUUAUUUUCUGUAAUUGAUCACCAAUCUCUUAAAUUAGGUGUGUGUUACUUUGUUGUAGCAUAGCCUUUUUUGCGGCCUAGAAAUGAAAGUGAUCUGUGGAAAAACACAUUCAAAGGGUUGUGUGUCAGGCAUGUCCCAGUGCUGCUUUUCAAUUGUAUCCAUGGGUAGUUGGAAGAAAUGGUAAUGCUUGACUGAAUUAAUGCAAUUCUAGCCAGAUAAGUUUGCGGCAAGAUCAUGUGCAUAUCAUCCCAGUGUAAAGCAUCUUGAAUGACUUGGGAACACAGUACACUUGGUUAUUUUUUAUGAAUUUUUUUUGUGUAUGUAUGUGCUGUCGCUUUGUCGACAACAGCUUUUUGUUUUCCUCAAUGAGGAGUGUUGCUCAUUUGUGAGCCUUCAUUAAUUCUAAGUGAAAGUGGUUAAAUAUUUAUCGAGUUAGCAUAGGCUGCAUCUUUAUAAACAGCUCAUGAAAAUACUGAUGGCUUUUGAUGACUUGUACUAAUUUACAUUGUUUACCAUGCUGUAGUGCUUCCAGAACACUACUUAAGAGCAAAAUAAAUUUGGUUUACAUUUAAA